ACACCAAUACCACGGAGAUACCAGGGAGAUAAGGUGUCUUAGGUCACAUAUUCAAUCAGCCUGAUGUUCAUCAAACGUGGAAAAUGGGAACUUGGCGAGUUGAAGUCGAGUGACAACAUCACGGUGGUACUUCUGGAAAAGUUAUCUCUUCCAGACCAUAGCUACCUACCUUCUGCACUCCAAAGUUCUCUCAGCCCUCUUACAUAGCAUACCUCUUAUUUGACCUCCCUAAAUUCCUCCAUCAUGGAUGAUGCUGCCGGUCUAGCCAUUGCCUUCAAGGAGGCUAAGAAAUCAUAUGAACAAGGAGGAAUUCCUAUCGGAGCAGCACUCAUCUCCAGCACCGGCAUCGUUCUCGGCCGCGGCCAUAACCAGCGCGUUCAGCUUGAUUCACCUAUUCAUCAUGUACGGCGAAACCGCAACCCUUUUAAACGCUGGCCGCCUCCCCGCUUCCACCUACGCAAACUCAACAAUGUACACCACCCUUUCCCCCUGCGACAUGUGCACAGGGGCGAUUCUGCUUUACAAGAUCAGGAGGGUAGUGAUAGGAGAGAAUAGCACGUUCAAGGCAGCAGGGGAAGACUAUCUGCGCCAGAGAGGGGUCGAGGUGGUGGUUAUGGAUGAUCAAGAGUGUAGGACAUUGAUGGAACGGUUCGUGAGGGAGAGCCCGGGGGUUUGGUGGGAGGAUAUUGGUGUUGUGGGGGAGGAGAAGAGGGAGGAAGGGAGAUGACCAUGUUUUGUGAAUGAAUGAUUCUGGUGCUGUAAGAGACAGAAGGGGAGGGGCUCUGUUACGGAGCGUCUGAACAGAUAGAAGGCGUGCUGGAAUAUGAUUGAGAAGGCUGAUCAACUAACUGC